AUGUCUUGGGCCACCUACAUGGAUGUUGCCUACGGCGGCCCGGUGCGCGGGAAAGGCUUUUGCUUUCCUGCUGGUAUCAUGCCCGCCUACAACAUCCCGGACACAGAGGGUAACGCUCGGCUGCCCUGCAACUGCGCCCCUCUGUACAAGUGGUACCUGGAGCCGUUGAUGAGCGCGCAGCAGAUUGAGUCCAUGAAGGAUGCGGCGCCCAAAGUCGAGAGCAAGAACUGCGGCCGGGAGCUGGGGGGCAAGAAGAAGCAAUGCGAUCCCAGGACGGUCGGGGGCUGCGUGUGGACGGCGGAAGACUUGGAGAAGGACCCAAGCGUCUGGGAGCAGCGGCGUCAGAUGUACUGGGAGACACAAAGGCCGGCGCAAAAAAAUCGCGCGCGUGCAUCGUUGGACAUGUUGGUGUUUUGCGCGGUUGCUCUAUUUUUUCCGCGCCGGGAGAGGGCGUUUGGCAGGUGCAUCUGCAAACUCAGACAGAAGCAAAGGGCGCGGUAA